CAGUUUUCGUGGCGAGAAGAAGAAAAAGUAUUGGGAAUCCAGGCAAUUUAAGAGUAAUUUGAUUGGCAUGUGUUAAGUGUAUUAACUGUGUUUGCUAUCGGCUUGGUCAAUAACAAAUGUAAUUUUUUUUUUUUGCUUCAUUUUUUUCAUCGAUAAAUUUUUGUGGCAACGACGACGACGACAGCUUCACAGCACUCAGUUCAAACCACAAUGAAUAUAAAAGAAAAGCAGAGUCACCCAAUAAAUGUUUGCGAAUAUUUUAGAUAAACAUUGAACAGUCCCGGUUUUAUAUUUGAUUCGCUUGAACGAAGCAAACCAGCUCAUUCACAGUGCAGCGUUUAUCAAGACAACACCACACUCAUUCUGGUCGUAAUGAAAGUUGAAGCGAGAGAAGAAAAAAAAAAUUGAAAAGCCAGUCGAUCGAACGAAAUCAAAAUUAACAUCGUACACAACAUACACAAAAUAAACAUACAAUCACCGUGUGUAAACAUACACAUAGACAAACAACGAGGCAGACACGCACGCAACCAAGAAUCAGUGGCCAAAAAUCAAAAUACGCACAACAAGAGAGUGAAAAGCAAAAGACAGGAGAAAGAGAGAGCGCGUACACACAUACGGGCGCUGAGAGAACCGAAAAAAAGAGAGAGAGGAAGAGAGAGUAAAGAGGGAAAAAACGCAAUCCAACAAUGACAGUGAAACGCAGUUCAUUUCAUUUAGUGCAUACAUAAAGAGACAACAUAAGGUCUUUUGUUACUCACUUUCGUGCACAUUGGUCACGACUACAUACCCACACACACGAACACAACAACACAGACAGCGAACAAAACACACGGCAGAACGAGAGAGAGAGAGAGAGAGAGAGAGAGAGAGAGAGUGAAGCACACUGUGAGCGAACAUUGUGGUGGCAAACACACAUUGAAACGCAUUUAAAAUGUCAUCUGUCAACGAAGAAAAUCCUCAACAAUUUUGAUAGUCAACCAAAAAGAAAAUUCGAUUCGACAUUUAUUUCAUCAAGAAUUCCUACUCUCCUUUUUCUUCAGUUCUUCGUUCCGUUGUUUCGGUUGUUUGAAUCGUUUUUUGUGUGUGUAUAUUUUCCCGAUUUUUUUCCUCGCGCAUUAAAUUAAGACACAAGAUAAUAUUCAGUGAAUUAUUUCGAGUGGCCAUUUAAGUGUACUUUAGUUCUUACCCAAAAAAAAGAGUGUUUUUUUAAUACCAAUUCUUCCGUCUCCGUAUCGUAACAAACGAAUUCCUUUAGACUGAUUGACGAGUUAAAACUUGAGUUUUUGUUUUUUUACAUGUGAAAUUCGACCGAUAGGAAAAUGUGUGAUUAAUUUGUAGUUUGAUAGAACAUUUCAAGUCAUUGUGACAGCACAAAAAUUGCACGAAAGAACAAAACAGAACGGAACAUUGUGACCUCAUACACUCGAAUCGGAUGAAUUGCGCUGAACGAUAGCCAAAUUCUAACGCUAGCAAGAGGUGAGUAAUAACAAGACAUCACCAGAGAAGAUGAAAAAACAACUGUUUCUCCGAAUUCGAAAUUUGUUUCUAUUUUUUUUUAUUGAACUGAGCGUGUGAAUCGCAUCGAAGCCAAUUAAAUUGAUGAAUUUUAUUUACAUUUCACGCGUCAACUGUUUUAUAUGUUUGUGCGAGAUAUGUGUGUGACUAAAUACAAUUUUUUUUUCGCUCAUUCUAAUUUCUAUGUGGUGAUUGCUUUGCAGCUUAUUUUUCACCAAAACUCAUAUCACACGCAACUGUGAGUACAUUCGAAACAUUUGUCUCUCACUCUCGGUACACCGAGAAAAAUGCGGUCAAGAUGCGAUCAAAAUACAUAUAUCCUGAAUGUCGUCUGCUUUUUUGAUUGAGUUUACAGUCGUUUAUUUGAUUUGUUACUGUUCUUUGAAGUUUCUUUGAGUUUUUAAAGAAGAAAGAGAAUAACAAAUACAUUUCUGUUUUCUAUUUGUUCAAUCGAACAUCAUAUUAUUGUGAUUAUGAUAAUUUUUCAAUAAAUUGUGUCGCAUAUUAGAAAUGGGCGCACGAGUUAUCGUUCCUCUUCAUCUCAGCUCUCUUCAAUAUUCCUGUGGUUUUCCUGUUCGCUCAUAAAACUAAUUUGAAUGCAUGUCAAUUAAGGUAAAUUGUGUGUUGUUUUUAACACACUGAAUAAAGAAAAAAACGUGUUUCAUUCUCUGUGACAUAUCAGACCGAAUAAACAAGUUUGUCUAUAGACCCUAUCGAUUAAAUUCGGCACACUAUGCGUCGCUCUUUCUCUUACGUAGUUUUUUUCCCGUCUGUGUGGUAACGAGAUUUUUGUUUUGAUCGCUCAGCUCAAUCGUCGCUGUUUGUUUCAAUGUCGUCAUUUUCCAUCAUUCCUCAUACGCAGUUGGACGUUGACGUUCGGUCGAUUUUCGGGUUUUUUCUACGCUGGUCUGUCCUUUGCGAACGAUUGUCGUGUACGACAUUCGUCAAAUGCGAACGGGAAGAGGAACAAAAAAAAGGUUUGUCACAAGUUUGGUUGCAUGUCUUGUUCUUCCUUUUCCAUAUAUUCAUUUCGGUUCAUGGAAUCGCUGCGUUCGCCGCGGUUCGAUACAACAUGUUCAUAUUUUUUCGAAAAUUCACCCGAAAUUCACCGUCUGUUUUAUUGAACGAAGAAUAACGACAAAAAAAAACAUUGAUUGAAUGAAGAUUUGAGCAACUUCACGUUUCCAGUAAAAAAACAGAUCAAAUAGAGUUGCCAAAUGGUACAGUCAAUAUAGUGUUUUUGAUUAAUAACAAAUCAGAUGGCGAUAACAGUGCGAUUCAAAAUCAAAGCAAAUAAAUCAAAAUGAUAAUAAAGUAGAAAAAAUUAGCAUUCAAUUCGAUCAACCGAAGGAGAAAAAAACGCGUUUCAACAAGUGAUCUGUGUAUGCGUAUAAAAUAACACGUCAAUAGAAAUCAUAUUUAAAAAUAGGCACAUUUAUUUAUUAUUUUCCGUGUGGAUUUACUCUUGAUAACUAGAAUAUGUUUAGCUGAGUCGAGAGAUAGAGAGAUCGAGAGGGAGAUGAUCGGUUGUCGGAUGAUUUGUGCUGGCGGUUAACGCAGUCGUGAUCUUGAAAUACAAUUAGUUGAUUGUUAAUUCGUAAUAUCUAUGCAAUAUCUACCGUCAAUGGCUCUUCGCAAUUUUUUCUACACACAUGUGAUUCACUCAAUCGCGCGCUCAAUAAAUGCCAUUUAGCUUAUUUUAUCGCAUGCAAAUUGAACUAACAAAACUCUUUGACACAGUCGAUUUCAUCAGCCCACUGCCGCGGUCGCCACUACCGCCAUCGUUGCUGUCGCCAUCAAUAUUUGCAAUGAUACUUUCUUGUUAGUUUCUAUUGGAAUAGCAUUAUUACGAGAAAAAAAAAAUCGAAUAACUCACACAUACAUUUCGAUUAGACGAGUUCGGUGUGUAUGCGAGAGUGUGAGCACGCUCAUUCUUCUCUUUCGAGUGUUUUGGAAUUGAAAAAAGUGAUAUUGCAAAAAUGCACAUAAAACAAAUUAGCGGCAGUGAGUCGCACGAUAACCGCACUCACACACCGAUGAAAUGCCAAUAAAUAGAGGCAAUUGAUUGGAAAAAUAAUAUAUUUAUGAAAUAACAUGUGAACGUGCGGAUUGGCAGUUUAAGAAAAGCAGGCACAUUACGCGCGCGGCUCUUGAAUUAAAAAAAAUAAAACGAAUCGCACAAGAUAUAUAUUUGACAGUCGAGGUAUUUAGUACUACGUUACAUCAAUUAGGAAGUCGGAAAUGUGCAUUUUAUAAGUAUUGUGUCUCGCUGUCUACAUACGCCAAAUAGAAUUAGUGCUAUUUCGCGCGUUAUACGGGCACCACGCUCUUUGCUACCUCGCGCUGUGCGUUUAGAAUAUUUUUCGUUUAUUCGGAGUUUCAAUCGUGGUCGUUAGUUCCAUAUAUAAUUUGAUUAAAUGUGGUGUGUGAUCACGUUGCUUACAUGAAAGAGUGGAAUUUGUGAUUUUAACACAUUUUGAUAAAGAUUACGAUUGGAAAUUGCGACAACACAAUAAUUCGAUUGAAACAAAACGGACUGAAGCUUCGUAGCAGCAACAGUAAUAGCGACAGCAAAUGACAAUGAUUCAUCACAAUAAUCAACACGAAAUUUGCAACUAUAAUUAGACGCGGCGCGAAAUCGACAGAUAAAUAAUACAAAGCGAAAGAAAGGAACGAGCGAAAACACGCAAGAAAAGUGCAUUUAUCGGUGGUUUGAUUAUGUGUUAAUCAGUUUUUCUUCCUUCAAUUUUUUUUGCUAAAUCGAAAGAAAUUGUCUCUGUGUUACACACAGACAUAAACAAACAAAAUUAUUAUUUCUUUUUUUUUUGUUCAUAAUUUGCUGCCACCGCACUCUACUCAUUAAUAUAUGGUUUGUUGAUUUUGCAUCGACGAUUAGCGUAAAUAGUAUAUAAACAUGUGAAAUAAAAAUCAUUAAUUCGCGUUGUGUGAACGAGAGAGUGUGUUACUUUCAAUACGUCGAACACGGAGUGACAUGACAAAGGAGUGCAAAAACCGUGUGCAAAAUAAACCACACAAACUGUCGCACAAAAACCAGAAGAGAAAAAACACGAAAACACACAAAUUAGAUUGUUAGGCUGAUUAGCGAUCGACAAAAAUAUAAAUACCAAAAGAAAAAGAAGUAAAGUCAACACAAGAAAUCGAAUAGACUGCAAUAACCAACCAAGAAAUUCCAAAGAAUUUCAAUUUAAAUUUUUAUUAUUGAACUGAAUACCCGCGAGCACACCACACACACACACACACACACACAUUUUCAGAGCCAGUUUGAGCCAUCAAACACUCACCACAAAGUACUUAGAAAGUUACAAACGAAAUUCCAAACAAUGGGAGUAUGCUUGUGUAAAAGUAAAACAUCAGAUGAUCUACCCGAUAAUCUGUCACAAAGUGGACGGCACAGCAUGGAUUAUGGACGAACCUAUGGACGACAAACAGAACAUUGCAAUGAAAGUCUCUCCGAAACGGUCGAUCGUCUAGUGAAGGAAACCCUUAAAGUAAUCGGUACAAUCGUUGACAACGAACCCGAACCACCCAGUUCAAUGGUACAAUUACAUGACAUUACCGAUAAACCGAAUGGUUGGAUUCAAUUGGUCAAGUCUCUGAUUCGAGUCGUACCAAUCGAACAUGCGAUGGGCCCAAGUGUGAUAACCUUGCUGCUGGAUGACAGUCCAUUACCAACGAAAGAUUCAGUUCUUGAAGUAGCCGAUAUGAUAUCGUAUUCAUUGCGACGCACACCACGACGAGAACGGAAUUUAUGUGUCAUUUUGGGCUGUUUAGCAGAGAAAUUGGCUGGACCAAGUAGUAUAGCUGUACUGUCGGAGAGCACAUUAAGCUAUUUGAUCGGAAAUUUGGACGAAGGAAUCUAUCCAGAGGUGAUGCUAUUUUCGAUCAUUGCACUGGAGAAAUUUGCACAAAAGAGUGAAAACAAAGCUACCAUUAAACGUAAAUUGGCCAUGUUUACGGAGAAUCCACUGUUAAGACUAGAACGACAUGCGAAUAGCGAUGACCACACUCUACGUCAAGUUGGCUAUUGCGCACGAUGGUGCUUAGACAACUACUUUAUAAUCGAAGGUCGCAAGUAUUCUUAUGAAGUGGUCGAUGUUUCAAAUGUGAAUGUAAUGCUGAACACUCGCGAUGUGUCCGAGUAUUUGAAAAUAUCGCCCGAUGGCCUGGAAGCACGCUGUGAUGCCUAUUUAUUCGAGAGCGUUCGAUGCACAUAUCAAGUUAAUGCCGGUUGUUGGUACUACGAGGUAACUAUCAUCACACCUGGAGUGAUGCAAAUUGGAUGGGCAACAAAGGAUUCGAACUUUUUGAGUCACGAGGGAUACGGUAUUGGAGACGAUCCUUACUCAAUCGCAUUUGACGGUUGUCGUCGGCUUAUUUGGCACAAUGCAAAAUCCCUACCACAUGAUCUUCCGUCAUGGCAAGGUGGAUCGGUCCUUGGAUGUCUAUUGGAUUUAGAUGCACAUGAAGUGAUUUUCAGUUUGAACGGUGUUGAAGGUGGUGUUCUCAAACAAGUCUUUGGCAGUGCCAAAGAUGGAUUCUUUGCCGCCGCAUCGUGCAUGUCAUUUCAGCAGUGUCGUUUCAAUUUUGGCUCCGAACCAUUCAAAUUUCCGCCAAAGAGUCGUGCAUUCGAUAGCUUUAACUCACACGCAUAUCUAAAAGAUCAAGAUAAAAUCGUGUUGCCGCGUCACUUAUUCCUCGAACAGUUGCGAAAGCUGAGUGUUCGUGAGGACUCCUGUACAUUAUGUUUCGAUUUAAAGGGUAUCGUUCGACUUGAACCAUGUACACACAGGGGCUUCUGUAUGACAUGUGCAUCGCAAUUGCAACACUGUCCAUUGUGUCGAGCAGAGAUAGUGUCAAUCGUGAAAGAAGAGAGUGACACACCGACAUCCGAUGAUUUUUUAACAUGAUCUGAGCCAUUGCCAGAGCAAACGGCCAAAAACUUAAGCAAUAAAUCGUCUGAGUUUUUCAUUACAACCAACAAAUAUCACAACACCAUAAGCAACCAAUUUGAUUAAAUUAAACGAAAAAUGCCUAUAUUCAUUUGAAUAACGCUCAUUGUACCACAUAUACACACUCACUCACAGGUAGUAUGGAUUCAGUUGUAGAUCAACUACACAUGGAUUUGUCAAACGAAAUAGAAAGAAAAAUAGAUCGUCAAGAGAAAAAUGAAAAAAAAAAACAAGACAAUAUUGCGCGAUUUUUUUUUAAAUUUUGGACUCAAUUAGGAAGAAUAUGUCGAAUGCCGCAUUUGAUAUACAUAUACGAAUAAUAUGCAAUGCAGCAAAAUAAAUAAAAAAAUAUCGAAACGAAAUAGAAAAGCCACACACCAAGGCAAAAUCGAUGAUGAUGAUGAUGACGACGACGAAGAAAAAAAGCCUCAACCAAAACACACAUACACACAUACAAAUCGAGACCGAGAAAUUGCGCACAAUUUAACCUCAUCGGCCUUUUUGAAUCCACUUGAAUGUGAUCGCCUCAUUUUUCUUCAUUGUAACAAACAAUGCCAUACCUCAUCAUAAUAAAUGAAUGAAAUAUCCUCAAAUCAUGAAUAAUAAUUCUAAAAAUGUAAAUCAUAUUUUUCAUUUAAAAAAACCGAAGUAGAAAAAAGCGAAGAGAAAUUGUUGUUCGCGUUUUUCUUUUCUAUUUGUCCGACUGGCGCUAAGUUGAUUAUAGACAAUGGGGCUAGUACCCAGCCAUUGCAUUCUAUUGCAUACACAAACAAAAACAAAAAAACAACAAAGAGAAACACAUUGUACAUAUAAAUCGAUAAAUUUAGAACUUUAAAUGAAAAUAGUUCGAAUGUAAAUUUUUCCGAAACAUUAAUACCCCAUUGAUUAAUAGAGUACAUGUAAAAGUGACAAAUAUAGCUUCUGUUUCUGUUUCGUUAUUUUUUUUAAUUCUUUUUCGUUCCGAUUCAUUUUUUUCGCUGCUUCUGACGGAACCAAAAAUCCAAGAAUAGCCCGCACUGCUAAAUAAUUCAUAUAUGAAUUGCGCGUAGUGGUUUUGAUUAAAUUGACGUAUCAUGACGACGAUUUGUAGACUGGUUCGAUUAAUGUGCCGUCAUCGACGCACGAGACAAAAACUUUCUGCCGCUGAUUAUUUAUGCAAAUCAAAUCGAAUUAAACCGAACGAUUUGAAUUUUGUUGUAUUGCCCAAACCCAGAACUUUUGACUACACAUUUUAAUAACAGGUUGCAAUAUGGAAACGAAAAAGAAAGAAAUUUAAUUUGGUUCAAGACGAGUACAGAAGUUUUAAUUUGUUGCGUUGAGAAUAUCAAAACAAGUUCAAUCAAAUUGUUCAAUGAUGUAAUUGCUAUUUCAUUUAAUUCAUGUUUUUGACGUGCAUGUUGUUCACAUCUAUGGCUAUAAUUGUAUGUGCUUGCGACGAAAACUACGAAGUCGACUGCGGCGGUGGCGGCAAAAGUGGAUUAUAAAUGUGGGGGAGGUCAUGACGCACAUACUGGAGAGAUUGUUUUUUUUUUAUAUCUGAAUGAAAGAAGAAGACGAAUAUCUACUUUUUUACACUUACAAAAUAUCAUACUCAUGUCAUUGUAUCGAAAUUAUUUUAAUAUAAAUAAACCAUAAGUAACAGCUGAAAAUAA